AUGAACGCCUUGGUACUGCCGGGACAACCAAUUGUCCCCGUCCACACGGCCAGCCACACGUAUGUGUCAGGCUCUAACACGUUGCAGAUUGAGAAAUCCGUUGACGGAACGGUUGUUCCCUGCAUUGUCGCGACCACUUUGGGCUCUGUGCAAUUUAGCACUAACGACAACACGUCCACCGUUUCAGUGCAAUCGAGUGGAGCUAAAAUCGCCAAUUUUACGCCUUCCGAAAAUGACGUGGUCAUUGCCAAAGUGACAAAGAUAUCGUCCAACAAAGUCAACCUCGAUAUUCUACACGUUCAAGACGCAAGCAUCCAUUUAUCUAAUUUACUGCUGAACGAUUACGGCGAGAAUUUCAAGGCUGUGAUUCGCUCGUCAGACAUUCGCUCCACAGACAGAGACAAGGUGAAAGUCGGAGAUUGUUUCCGACCAGGAGAUAUCGUCAAGGCGCUGGUGAUUUCCCUGGGAGAUGGAAUAAACUACUACCUGUCCACAGCAAGAAACGAUUUAGGAGUGAUACACGCGCGGUCGAAAUCGGGCAAGCUACUGUAUCCGCUAGACUGGGAAACGAUGGUGGUGCCCGAAACAGGCGAGCUGGAACCGCGUAAGUGCGCCAACAUUAAUUAG